AGUGCGGCGGGCAGCCCUCAGGCCCUUGUAAGGCGCGCGCCACGGCCCCGCCUCCUUCCUUUCGGCCGGCGCCGCCAUCUUCCAGUAAUUCGCCAAAAUGACCAACACAAAAGGAAAGAGGAGGGGCACCCGCUAUAUGUUCUCUAGGCCGUUUAGAAAACAUGGAGUUGUUCCUUUGGCCACAUACAUGCGAAUCUACAAGAAAGGUGAUAUUGUAGACAUCAAGGGAAUGGGCACUGUUCAAAAAGGAAUGCCCCACAAAUGUUACCAUGGCAAAACUGGAAGAGUCUACAAUGUUACCCAGCAUGCUGUUGGCAUUGUUGUAAACAAACAAGUAAAGGGUAAGAUUCUUGCCAAAAGAAUUAAUGUACGUAUUGAGCAUAUUAAGCACUCUAAGAGCCGGGAUAGCUUCCUGAAACGUGUGAAGGAAAAUGAUCAGAAAAAGAAGGAAGCCAAAGAGAAGGGUACUUGGGUUCAACUGAAGCGCCAGCCUGCUCCACCCAGAGAAGCACACUUUGUGAGAACCAAUGGAAAGGAGCCUGAGCUGCUGGAACCCAUUCCCUAUGAAUUCAUGGCAUGAUAGGUGAAAGAAAAUAAAAGACCUCUGCGCUGUAAAAAA